AUGGUGAAGCAACUAGGGCGACGCAGAUAUUACCGCUCACAUAGGAAGGUGCCAGAAGAGGACUUUCAGUUGCUGCAAACCUUGCAUAAUCAGAACAUUAGUACUGCUCAGAUUAUGGGGUGCCUAGGAAAUGUUCGUGGUGGUGACCUGAGGACAUUGGGUUAUGUGAAGAGAGAUGUUUCGAACAUAAGAACAAUGCUUCGUAAUGAUGUCUCGCUGCGAGACAUGAGUCUGACAAUUGAGUACUUUGAAAAAAGAAAAGCUGAAAGCCCGAGCUUCUUUUAUGCAACACAACUGGAUGAGAAUAAUGCUGUAAGGGCUCUGUUCUGGGUGGACGGGAGAACUAGGUCGUUGUAUCCAAAGUACAAGGAGUGUGUCUUUUUUGACACUACCUUCUGUACUAAUAGAUACAAUAUGCCUUUUGCGCCAAUAGUCGGGAUAAAUAACCAUACACACACAAUUGUGUUGGGCUGUGCUUUGCUACCUGAUGAAACAUUUGAAACAUUCAAGUGGGUUUUUGAAAGGUGGAUGAUGGCGAUGAAUCAAGUGGCGCCUGAUCAUAUAAUGACAGAUCAAGAUCAGCAAAUUGGUAAUGCAAUAUCCAAAGUUUUCCCUCACUCAAUACACAGAUGUUGCUUCUACCAUGUGGUGAACUUGGCGAGAAGGAAACUCGGUCCAAAAUUAGUUGAUGGGCACCCUUUUGCUGAUGCUUUCUAUUCCUGCAUAUAUGGGACAGAUUCACCUGAACAAUUUGAAUACUGCUGGAAGCACAUGCUGCAAGUACACUCAAUGUCUGAAAACAAACACCUACAAAACAUGUGGGACAGUCGAAAAAAAUGGGCACCUGUCUAUUUCAGGCACAGAUUCUUCCCUUUUACAUCUACAACUGGAAGAUCUGAAGGGCUGAAUUCGUAUUUCAAAAAGCUAGUUCGACCAAGUGAAUCCGUGUGGAAUUUUGUGCAACAAUAUGAAUUGUGCCAGAACUUGAUGCUAGAUCGUGAAGAUAAUGCAGGUUUCACCAUGGAGACAACAGGGAGACCUCUUUGGGGAAGUUGUGGCUGCAACACAUUCGAGAUGUGUGGUCUUUUAUGCGCACACAUCAUCAGAGUGAUGGUGCACCUAAAUGUCCAAGAAAUACCAGCAAGGAAGAUGAACAAUCUUGCUUCGGAUGCUUGCUACGCUGAAGAUACAUAUGCAAUUGUGUCAAGCAUGGUUGAUGAAGCAGGUAAAAUUGUAACUAACAUGAGGAGAGCUCGAAAUGGAAUGCAGCAACAGCCAAAAGAUAUGCAGCCGGAACAGCAUGAAGCAGGACAUCAGGGUAAUGAAGCACAACAGAAAGCAUCAGUAGAUGAAGCACAAGGAAGUGGCAACCUGCGAAACCCACCAAGGAACAAACCUAAAGGACGUCCAAAAGAAACAGAAAAGCGACAUAAGCCUUUGACCGAGCUAAGAGAAGAAGCAAACAAAAAGAGACAGAAGAAGGCGAGUGAACCCAAGACCAAGAAGGAACCUGCAAUGAAGAGGAAGGCAAGGGUGAAAAAAUGUCCCUAUUGCAAUAAAGAAGGUCACGCGAUACAAGAAUGCACAUGGAUGAAACUUGCAAGACAAGCUGACGAAGCGAGGGCUGCAGGCGUUGAGUUGAGGUUAUAG